AUGGCUAUGGGACAAACGUUAUUGACCUAUACCCUAAUCACAGCAAUCGUUGGUGUAUCGUUAGCCCUUGAUAAACUACUUUUAGUCCAAGUGGCUUGGAGACAUGGAGAUCGAUCUCCGAUGGGUACCUUUACAAAUGAUAAAUACACGGAACAGGACUGGCCAGCUGGAUACGGUGAACUACUUCAGAAAGGAAUGAUACGUCAUAUGAACCUUGGUGAACUUUUACGAAACGAAUAUAUUGAAAAGACUCAGUUUUUGUCAAAAGAUUUUGUCAAGUCAGAAGUGUAUGUUCGAUCCACAGACAGAAAUCGUACACUUUUAAGUGCAGUAUCAAAUUUAAUUGGAAUGUUUUCGAAGAGUACCACGAAAGAAGGUGUAGAUUUUCCAAAUGAUUCUAGAUGGCCACUGCAUUAUGUUGCUAUACCAAUUCAUACAGUUGAUCCAGAGACUGAUCGAUUAGUGGAUCCGUUGGUUGCAUGUAAAAGAUAUGAUGAUCUUUGGAAGUCUGCACAAUCGUCACAAGCAUAUCUUAAUUUUACACGCAAAUAUCAGUUACACAACAAUAAAACGGUGUCAAUUAAUGCAACACUUUUCAAAAAAAUUGAAGAAGUGAAAAGGAUGAUUGAUGAUAUGGAAGAUGGCCUAUUUUUACCAGCUGAAAAUGGCAUUGAUUAUCGUCAAGAAAUUCCAAAAGUACGUAGCGGAUUACUGUUAAACACAAUGGUUGACCGUAUGCAACUAAAGCAUGACAACACUUUAAGUGGCCUCCUUUCGGCAUUAGGCAAUAAAACUGCUGUGGUACCAAAUGGAUAUCCAUUUUAUGCGGCUUGUAUAGCGUUGGAACUAUGGAAUAUCAACAAUGAGCCUGUAGUUAAGCUAAAAUUUCAUCAAGAUGAAGACGAUAUACCAGGUUUUCGAAAGAUUCCAGGAAAUAACGGAUUUGAAACAUUCACACAUAUAAUUGAAGGUUGCGAAAAAGUGACUGCCGACCAGUUUUGUCCAUUGAAAACAGUACAGCAAAGAGCCGAUAAAUCUAAUCCUGUUGAUAUUAAUAAGUAUAUCUUCACAGAUCAUUGUAUAAAGUAA